UUAAUAUAUAUUAUUUGUUUCUGAUGCAGACAUAUUAUAAAAUUAUUCAAAUCUGGAAGAUGAACUUUCGUGGAAGCUGCUCGAUUAUGUGAAGACAGCCGAUGUCUAUGGUCUUCCCAAAUUGCUCGGGUGUUAUCCGUUUACCUCAUUUUUCUUCUCGUGUCCUCCGUCCCACAUCAUUUUCUAAAAUUCAAUCUUCAGAAUAAUACUUUCUUUUUGGUAAUUUCAAAUGCUAAGAUUGUAAUCUAUAACAUUGCUUUAGCUUCGUAUAAUCUAGUUCACAGAAAAAAGUCGUCGGCUUUAAUGAGUUCAUCACAUUGUAGAUGGGUAGCGACGAUGUGAACGAAGAGGAAACCGAAGCAACAUCACCCACUCGCGAUCAUCACCUUCUGAGGCGCCCCUUUCGAACUCGUUACCCUGGUCAGGUUAGACUAAAAGCAUACAUCUUCGACGGAUUUGGUGAAUACUGUGAUAAAGAUUGGGAUUUAAUCGAAGGAAAUGGCAAAAAAUUCUGUUGGUAUCAUGUCGAACUUCCGAAAGGGAAUCAAAAGCUUUCUCAAUCAGCACAAUACCUAAUCGAUGUUCUUUGUCCACCAUUAAAGCUUCAAGACAUUCUUUCUUUAGUUAGCAAUGGACCCUAUUGUGCGCAUGUUGAUGGAGCUCUUGUAUUUAGGGUUAAUUCACCUGGUCCAGCUUCUAGCAAGUUUACAUUUCGAUUAGCUGCUAGAAUUACAGAGAAUUCGGUUAUUACUGUGUCAUUGGGUCGGGUACCCAGAUUGGGGUUUUCACCCGUGGGUCAAUCUUUGCUUACUGAGAUUCCAAGUGUUGAAAGUCCGAGCCCUAAAUUUGGUGAUGAAAUGGUGGAUAGAGGUGGGAUUGUGAUUAAGGAACAUGUUCUUGACUUUUUGUUGACUAUGAAUCAUUCAGAGGAGGCUGAUAAUCCUGUUCCUAGAUCUGUAUCGAAUCUUGUUGUUCAUGUUAUUGAUACACAUGUGGAUCAUCUUGAAGAUGUUGUUACUAAACUUGAGAUUGGGCUGGAUUCUGUUGAACUUGAUUUGGAUAAAGGUGGUUUUUCUUUGAAGAAGCAAUUGUUGAAUGAUAGACGAUUUCCAAAAAUGCUUCUAGAUUUGCAACGCCUCUUGCAGGUGAUUGCACAUGGGGAACAAGUGUUCCCAAGAGUGAAAGAAAAGUGUUCAACAAAAAGUUGGUUUGCAAAUGAAGAUAUCAAUUCACUUGAAGAGUUAAUUGGGCGACUCAGAAGACUAAAAGACAAUGUUGGCUUCAUAAGCAACCGAGUCAAAGCUGUCCAGGCUGGACUUGACAGCUGGCAGGCCGAACAAAUCAACAGAAAACUAUAUUGUCUCUCUUUCCUCUCAAUCAUCUUCCUUCCUCUAUCCAUCAUCACAGGAGUGUUUGGAAUGAAUGUGGGAGGUGUACCUUGGACACAACAAAAAGAUCCGAAGCUGAAAAUCGGGUUUAGAAAUGUCAUGUUGCUUUGUGUGGCUACAUUAGUUUUUGUGCUUUUAUGUUUCUUGUUUCCAUUUUUAUAUAGCCGAUUAAUGGUAUGGAGAAGACAAAGAGCAUUAAAAAGAAAUUGGUCUUUUAAUCGGAGAUCUUUCCAUAGAAGAACCAUGGGAGGUGGAGAAAGAGGAGGUUACCUUCGACUUUGAAGCCAAUCAAGCAGAAUCGAAUUUGUUUUUGAUUUAAUUUGUUCUAAAGUUUCUUUGUAUCAUCACAAUUUUUUAGCAAUAGUUAAUUGGUCGUGUACGAAAUAACUUUUAUCCAUAAAUCCUACUUAAAUUUAUACAAAAGCUUAAUUAGAACUUGCUUUCGA